AUGGCUGCCCCCGUCCUCCCUCUGCAGCAGGUCAAGCUGCCUGCGCUGCCCUCCACCAAAUUGACCCCGGAGCAGCAAUACUGGAAGACCUUCAAGAACCCGCUUCUGAUCCCCUCUCCGGCCAAUGGCCCUGUCAAUCUCAUCACGCAGCCCUCCGUGCCCUCGUCCGCCUCGGCCUUCCCCUCCCUGACCCAGCCUCCGGAUGUUUUCACCGUCACCACCGGCGCCCGAGUCCAGAUCUACUCCAUCCGCACUCGCAAACUGCUGCGCACCAUCACCCGCUUCGACGACACCGUCCGCGGCACCGAUGUCCGACCUGACGGCCGCGUGCUCGUCACCGGUGACGACACCGGCACAGUGCAGGUGUUCGACGUGAACUCGCGAUCCAUCCUUAAGACGUGGAAGGAACACAAGCAGCCCGUGUGGGUGGCCAAGUUCUCCCCGAGCGACGCUACCUCGCUGCUCAGCGCCAGCGACGACCGGACCGUGAGGUUGUGGGACCUGCCGAGCGAGAGCAGCGUCAAGACCUUCGUCGGACACAGCGACUACGUGCGCAGCGGUGCCUUCAUGCCGGGUUCCCUGGCCUCCUCGGGCCUGGUGGUCUCGGGUAGUUAUGAUCGCACUGUCCGUCUGUGGGAUCCUCGCGUAGAGGGUCGCUCGGCUAUGACGUUCAAGAUGGGCGCUCCUAUCGAGAGCGUGCUGCCGAUGCCGACGGGCACGACGGUGCUGGCGUCGGCGGAUAACAAGAUCGCGGUGCUGGAUAUCGUGGCGGGUAAGCCUUUGCACAUGAUCCAGAGCCACCAGAAGACUGUCACGGCGCUGUCCUUGGCGUCGAACGGCGAGCGACUGCUCAGUGGUGCGUUGGACGGUCACAUGAAGGUGUUCGAAACGUCGGGGUGGAAUGUCGUCUCCGGGUCCAAGUACCCGUCGCCGAUUCUGUCGCUGCGCGCCAUUACCUCCGGGCCGGCGUUGGAGGACAAGCACAUUGCCGUGGGUAUGCAGUCCGGUCUGUUGUCGAUCAAGACACGUCUGUCGGGACAGCAGAAGGUCCGCGAGCGCGAGAGGAGGAAGGAAAUGCAGGCUUUGCUGGAAGGCAAGCUGGAGGAGCAUGAUAAGAAGGUUGCCAAGCAAAAGCGCGGAGCCGGUUGGGAGAAGCGACUGCGCGGUCGGGAUUUCAUCGGCGAGGGCGUCGACAUUGUGAUCGAGGGACAGGAUCGCAAGAAGCGGAAGAAGGAACAGAGCUGGGAACACGACCUGCGCAAGGCCCGGUAUGCCGCCGCCCUGGACCAUGUGCUGACCGGACACGACAAGACGGCGCAGCUCACUCUGCUGACGGCGCUGCGACACCGGUCGGCGUUGCGAGCGGCGCUGCGGGGCCGCGACGAGGAGACGCUGCAGCCGGUGCUGCAGUGGGUGCACAAGAACAUUCGUGAGCCGCGACUGGUGAAGACGUGCGUCGAGGUGGGCAUGAACGUGCUGGACAUCUACUCGGGCAACCUGGGACAGUCGGCGCAGAUCGACAAGAUGGUGGAGCGAUUACACCGACGGGUGCGCGACGAGGUGGAGAUGGCGCACCAGGCGACGCAGACGCAGGGGAUGCUGGAUAUGCUCCGGGCAUCUUGA